AUGAGCGACGAUAAGCGUAUACGCAGUCCUAAUUGGCUGUCGUCUGAAAAGGAACUUCUGUUGAGUCUAGUUCAAUCGUAUUUUAAUAUUAUAGAAAAUAAAAAAACUGAUGGAGUGACUAUAAAAUCAAAAUUAGCUCAGUGGAAAAUUAUUGCAGACCAGUACAAUAGGCGCACAAGCCACUGCUUUCGCACAGCAGAAAACCUAAAAGCCCAGUGGGAGAGUUUGAAAAAGGUAGCUAGAAAAGAUGCAGCAAAUAAUAGGAGACAUAUGAUUCAAACAGGAAGUGAGGAUCCACUAUAUAUACCUCUGAAAAAGGAAGAUCCCUUUCUUCAGCGGAUCUUAUGCCUAAUAUCCACCAGUGCUGGAUUGGGGAACAUGAUUGAGAAGCAGAAAUCAAAUCGCGACACCCGGAUUUCUAGGAGGCCAAUCCAUACAAAUACGUCUUCUUUGGAACUGUUGCGUAAAAAGAAGAUAGAAGCCAUAGAGCUACAAAAAAAGCUUGCGGUGGAGGAAAUGGAGAGAAAAAAGGUUUUACAUGACCUUGAUACUCAAAUAAAAAAACAAAUACUAAGACAAGAAAAAAUCAAAACAAAUUUGUUACUGAUCAAGCGAAGAAGAUUAUUAGCUUGCAGAAACACAAAAUGA